AUGGAAGAGGCCGAGGCUACCCUGUUCCUCGAAUCUCUGCUUGGAAAGACCCUCAAUGUCACAGUCCUAGACGGGCGAAUAUUUUCAGGAUUAUUUCGAUGUACCGACGGCGAUAGCAAUAUCAUCCUUUCAAACUCGUUCGAGUACAGGAUGCCAUCCAAAGCUGCAGCAAAAGUCGCAAUCGAGAAAUUGAAGACCACCGGACAGUCCAGCAGAGUAGACAUGACGUCGCGAUUUGUGGGCCUCAUAGUCAUUCCAGGCAAGCAGAUUGCAAAGGUGGAAGUCGAGGAGAAGAGAGAAUGGCCCAGGAAUCAGUCGCUAUCGAUCCGCACGAAAUCAUGA